UCUGUUGAAGCGUCACAGGAGGGGAGAGGGGCGACGGGUAGGUUACCCAUCGAAAAAAAUCUGGACCCUCUCAGAAUUUCUCGGGACCACCCGGGAACUGCUUUCGGCCUCUUUUCUUUUUAUUCCCACCGUGACACCUUCAUCCGUGCGCCCGCGCUGCGACACACAUGCGUCCUAACGGUCGUGGGGCGGAAGCGAGAGAAGGGGGAAGUUGCCAGGGGGAUAUAGGAAAAAUAAACCCCUGACAAAGUGAGUCAAGUUCAAGUUGAAUUUCGUCUCUGUAGAGGAAAGGUGUCUGGAGGGCAUGGACGCCCACGUCAAGGAGGGACAACUCUAUGUGCAGCAUCAGAAGUUUGGAAAGAAAUGGAAGAAGAACUGGUUCGUCCUCUACCCCGCCAGUCAAAACGGCAUCGCCCGCCUGGAGUUCUUCGACUCGAGCGGAGGGGGCGUGGCCGCCGGCGGCUCCGGAGCCGGGUCCAAUGAGAAAACCAGGAAGCUCGACAAGAAGAUCAUCCGCUUGUCUGAGUGCAUUUCCAUCCUUCCGGCUCUGACGGAGAGCUGUCCCAAAGACAACAUGGCCGCCAUCUGCGUGGAGACCAACGACAAGACGUACGUGUUCGCUGCGGAGAAGAACGUCGCCAAAGACUGGAUGGACACCAUGUGUGACAUUGCAUUUCAGCAGGGAGGAGGCGGCAGCAGCAGCACUGCUGCUGCGGAAUGCGACGGAAGGACCCAAGACCUGCGGAUGUCUGAAAACCUCAUCUAUUACUCCAGAGAGGAGGUGAACGUGUUCUGGGUGAGCGCCCAGCGGACCGAGGCGUCGGAGCGCUGCGGGCUGGCCGGCAGCUACUGGCUGAAGGCUGAAAGCGACACCUUGAUCUUGAAGGAGCCGAAAACCAAGAGGAACAUUCUGGUGUGGCCCUACAAGCUGCUGAGGAGAUACGGGCGGGACCGGCUCAUGUUUUCGUUCGAGGCGGGCCGGCGCUGCGACUCGGGCCCCGGCAACUUCACUUUUGAGACCAAGCAGGGCAACGAGAUCUUCACGCUGGUGGACCAGGCCAUCCAGUCGCAAAAGGUGCUGGCCGAGGAGCACCAGCUCAGCUUCCCCGUCCACUUUGACCCGGACUGCCCGGCGUCCCUGCAGCACAUACGCGGCGCCGCCCCGGGGAGCGGCGACAGCGGCGGCAGCUGCAGCAGCCGGGAGGCAGACGGAGAUUCGGGCGGCAGCAAACCGGGCUCCGCCGACGGUGUCCUCGGGAAGAGGGAGGGCGAGGAUGGGGGGGGGGGAAGAGGGCAAAGCGCCGCCAUAGGACUCAAGGGCAGGAGCUUACCAGAACCGCCGGCCAUGUCGGGGAGUUUGGGAGGCGGGGUAGGGCUUUCAAAGUCGCCCCGGGGGCAGGCGGCGACAAAGACCCUGGGCUCAGCUGACGAACACACAAAUCUUUAUUCUGAGCCGGCGGAUUCUGUCCGCCUGCCUCCGCACGGCGCUGAAUGCCUGUACUCCGACCCGGUGGACAGCAUCAAAGGUCAAAGCCAGACCAGCGGCGCGUCCGCCCUCCCGGUGCCCGCCCCGCGCCUCCGGCAGGUGGGAGACGAGGCUUCGGCGGGCGGCGCCCAGGGGGAUCACCACACCGUAGGCAGCAACCACAGGAAGCCCCCGGACUUGUACUCGCACUUGUACGACCGGAUCAACAUGGAGCUGAACCAGAAGACGAGCGCGCUGGGUCUGAACGAGCCCGCGCUGGGAGGGAGAGGCGGCAACGGCAACUGGCGACCUCCCCCCCCGGGAUGUCCAGCGGUGGGGGCCUCCUCGCCCGCCUCCGCCGCGCGACCGGAGCACAUAUACGACGAACCCGAGGGUUGCGCCAAAGGAGCCGCGAGCGUGCCCGCCGGUUUGGGGGCGAGCGUUUACAACGAGGCGCGUCUGGAGCCCCACAGCCACAGGAGACAGGAGUGCCUGUCAGGAUUGGAGGGGACUUACAGCAGCCCCUCCCACGGACCCUCCCCUCCCCAGACGGGCAAGAGCCGCGGCGGCACGCCGCUACCCCCGGGUCCCAAGGGGCCCAAACCCUUCACCGCGCCCAAACCAGCCAGGGGCGUUUUCGCUCGAAAGGAGCCGCUGCCCCAUGGGAAACACGCGGGUCCAGGCAGCAACGUGAACAACAACAACCACAACAAUGUGGUGGACGGGGGAGACGGGGGGAGGGUGGUGUACAGCCAGGUGUCCAAGCAGAAACCUGCGUUUGUUCAUUCGUGGCUCAACCAGCAGCACCAGCCCCUGCCAAGAUCACCUGAUAUCAUCUAUGACAACCUGGGAAAUGUUUGACCCCCCGGUUUUUAUAAAAGAGACUCGGACAAAAACAACGACAACUAAGAACAGUGGAUGCAGUUAUGGCAGAAGACUCGAGCUAUGCUUUUUUUUUUUUAUUCUUGCAGUUUUUUGUAGGGACUAAGCACAUUUUCUCCGAUGGAUUCAUCUGGAGUAGAUCUGCUCAGAGCUACGAGAACACGUUAUGGAACAUGGAGUGCACCUAUCGUAGGUCAUGUGUGGGUGAGGGUGUGUUUUGAGAAAUAGUGUUUGCAUGGUCAAACCCAUAACUAGAGUACUAAGCCACAGUGUGGUUGGAAUCAGCCGCUUUUCUGGAACACAAACACACACACACACACACACACACACACACACACACACACACACACACACACACACGAAGGAGCCCGGCCUGCAGGCCGAGUGGCUUGGCUCUUCUUUCUUAAAAUGUCUGUCAUCCUGAUGAAAUAACUGGGAAACAUGCUUUUGCACUUCUUUGGUUUUGAGUUCUACGCCUUCACCAAAAUCUUUUUUACUGUUUUGGAGGAAGCAUGAAAAAUAGAUCUUGGAAACAGGCAUAAAUGGACCGUGAAGAGGUGAUGGGCUCACAUGAUCCUCCUGUGGGCUUUUGUGUUAUAAAGACACAAGAUAAUAGUAUCUCAGUCGAUCCCCUGCAAUGUGUGUCAGUCUGUGAAUGUGUCAGAACCAGCUGUGCUAUCUGUAAAUAUAACUAUAAAUAAAAAUGGCUGCAGAACAGGCGCACCGUCUGUCCCGAUCAGACAGUUUAUAGUGUUUUAAAGACUUUCUGUUCUAGACCUGUUAACCGGUCUGACAUCACCCCCCCCCUCCCCCCCUCCUCUCUCUUUCUCUCUCUCUCUGCAACCCUCUGUUUUUGUUUUUCUUCCGUCGGGUUUCCAACCACUUAAUCGCACCGUUAA